AUGGCUUCAUCAAUUUGUUCUUUCUUGGGUGUAGAUAUCAUCAAUUUUGGUGGCAUAUUUUCUAAUGCAUAUCAAGUGCUAGAUCCACCAAGUGGCUAUUCAGCUUGGAAUUUCAAUAAAGUUGAACCUACUUUUCAUGUUGUACUGUAUAAUCUGGUAAAUGAUGCACAUCACAUUUUGGCAAAUAGUAUUGAAACUGGGCAAUGGGUAUUAAAACAAAUUGAAAAUAAUUUAUUAUGUAAUUUUGCUUAUUCAACAAAAUUAAACACAUUUGUAAGUGAUUGUGGCUAUUGUGGCUUGGGUGGUAUUUGUCUUUAA